GACUGGGUUAUUUCGAUUAGUGACCGAGGUAGUGAGGUUUUGUUUGUGAAUUCUAACAAGAUGUCCUCAGCCGUGAUUGACCCGUUGGAAUUGCUUACCAAUAAGGGGGACCGUAAGCCAACGUUCCUUGGCUCCAUAUUCAAUCCAUUGGCUUGCACAGUGGCCGGUUUUGGUUUAGCAUGCAUGUUAAAUUGGGGUUUGCGUAGACCUGUAUUUUCCGGUCUGCAGAAUCAUGUUGGAUUUGCCGUCCUCGGUGGAAUUGGCGGUACAUAUCUUGAUAAGAAGCGCACUGAAGAUUUAGCAACCCGUGAUGCUGUAUUAAGACACUACGUUGAAUUGCAUCCUGAGGACUUCCCACCAAUACAGAGGAAGAAGUUUGGAGAAGUAUUGGAACCAUGGGUACCAAUUCGUUAGAUGGGAUGAGGAAAAUUCCCUGCCACGGCUAAAUGGCAUCGCUUGUCGUAGGCUGGCUGGUUGGAACUUGUAAAUUUACUUACUUCUUGAUAUGUUAUUAAAUUUGGAAAAUAGGAAAAAUAGAAAAUAAAGAAAGAACCAAUGAUACAAAUUAA